GGAAUCUCAGAGUGGUGUGCACAUCUCAUCGCGCGAGCCAUAAAGCCAAGAGCCGCGCACUUGGCUUGGUCUCCCCCCCCCCCCCCGUUCCAAGACACACCAUGGCCGCCGCUCAGCUCCCCAUCCCCGCGUUCGCAGCGCUCAGCGACGUCUACCCAGAGGGCACGGUGCCGGGCGAAGUGACGCGCUGGAACGACCUCGCGAGCACCUUUGAGAAGACGUACGGCGCGCCUGCUACGCACGUCGCGCGCGCGCCGGGCCGCGUCAACAUCCUCGGCGAGCACAUUGACUACUCGCUCUUCCCCGUCCUGCCCGCCGCGAUCGAGCAGGACAUCAUCAUCGCCCUCCGGCCCACGUCGGCCACUGAGCGCCGUGUCCGCCUCGCCAACGUCGACCCCCGCUUCGCGCCCACCGAGUUCACGCUCACGCGCACCGACAAGGGCUGGGACGCCGACUUUGACGGCUCGGCGAGCUACUGGGGCAACUAUGCCAAGGCGGCCAUUCUCGAGUGUCUCGCGCGCUUCUUCCCCCCCGGUAGCGGCAAGGAGCCGGUCGGCCUCGACCUCCUCAUGUCUGGCACUGUGCCGCCUGGCGCCGGCCUGAGUUCAUCUGCCGCCUUCGUCGUCUCCUCCGUCAUCAUGUUCCUCGCGGCCAACGGGCUCACCGAGGGCAAGAGCAAGGGCGAUGUCGUCGAGAUGGCUAUUGCCAGCGAGCACCGUCUUGGCCUGCGCACCGGCGGCAUGGACCAAUCCGCCUCUGCCCUCUGCCUCAAGAACUCGCUCCUCCACCUCGCCUUCCACCCCAACCUUGACCCGACACCGCUUCCGCUCCCCGAGGGCCUCGCCGUCGUCAUCACCAACUCGCUCGCGCCACACUCGCUCGCCGACUCGGCACCAGAGCGGUACAACCUGCGCGUGGUCGAGGUGCUCGUCGCGUCCCGACUGCUGCUGCACGCGUGGGUUGUCGACGACACACGCCUCAAGGCGUCGGGCGAGGACGGCCGUAUCUGGCUCAAGGAGGCACUCGACCUCUGGCAGAAGAAGGAGGGCAUUUCCAACGACGAGCUGUUUGAGAAGGCGCUCGCUGCGCUCCCAGACGUUCUCGGCAAGAACGGGCGCGACAUUGAGGGCUGGACCAAGGAAGAGAUGAUCGAGGCCUCGGGCAUGACUGCCGAGGCGUUUACGGAAACCUACCUCAACUUCAUCCCCGUCCGCGCCGAGCGCUUCCAGCUGUACAAGCGUGCCUACCACACGUUUGCCGAGUCGCUCCGCGUGUCCCUCUUCAAGAGCAGGUGUGAGGAGGUCGCUCGCGACCCCAUCAGCAACCCCGCCGACGACCCGCGCGCGUGGGAGCUCGGCGCGCUCCUCAACGGCUCGCACGACUCGCUCCGCGACCUGUUUGACGCGACCGUCCCCGAGGUUGAGCAGCUCCGUGACCUCUGCCUCAAGCAUGGCGCCCUCGGCGCCCGCCAGACCGGCGGCGGAUGGGGCGGCGCCGUCAUCUCCCUCCUGCCAGUCCAGGACGUCCCCGCAUUCCUUGAGACCAUCAAGAAGUCGUACCCUCCGUUCGCAAAGCUGUCCCCCAAGGAGCUCGAGGACGCUGCCUUUGCCACGCUCCCCGGUGUUGGAGCGGGUGUGUACGAGGUCAAGGGAGAGAUCAACUAGACUGUACGAUCGUUGUUUUGUGAUGAUGCACUUGUUGGGUUUUCAGAGUUUUGAGCUUGAUAAAAGCCUUGAUACAUGGGUGCCUACGCCGUCUCCGCCUCGAUCUUCUCCUCUUUCGCCUCUUCCUCUUCCUCGGUCGCUAUUGAUGUUGACUGGGACCGUGUCCGCGGGACAGGGGCAAUCUCACGCUCGCUCUCGGUGAUAACAGUCGUACUGCUAAGAGGGACGGGGCGAUCGCUCAUGCCGUGAGGGGUCAUGUUGCCCGCCUCGCCGACACCACGUGGGCCGUCGUCGUGUUCGUCCUUGUCCUUGUCUGCCGAGUGGCCGUUGGCCGUGAUUGGCCCAGAGUCCAGCUCGUCCACCCGGCCGAGGUACGGCUGAUGCCCUGGGUCUGUAACUUCGGCCUCGGCCUCGGAGGAGGAGGCUGCUGGCGGAUCUGACGCCCCGUUUGACGUCGCCUCUGUUGCUGUCGGCUCAGCAUCAUCCUCUGGCUCCGGCGUGGGCGAUCGCCGGCCGGCUGCCUGCUCGGGCCGCUGCUGCUGCUGCUGUUGCUGCU